AUGAAUAUUUUCAUCAUCCGCACAUAUUUUAUAAUUACUAACCUAGAAUCAGAUACAAGAACUUACCUUCCUGAACUACAUGCUAAAUUUGUCCAACAAUUCCCUGAAAUACAAGUCAGUAGACAAAGAAUAGGAGACCAAAGGAGAGCCAUAGUUAACAACAAACUUUUACCACCCGAAAAAUUAAGUCAAAUUCGCGCGGAAGUCCAAGCUGAACUAAUUAUUGAACCCAGACCUUUGCAAAUACAUUCCCACGAAUCACAAAAUAGGAUGCGAUGGAGUAAUAAGCUUAAUGAAUCGAUAAUCCGUGGUUACUUUACUGUAACUGAGUUAGAAACGAACCUGACUUCAUACAGACCCCGAUUACAUGAAUAUGUCAUAGCAGAAAAUCCUGAAAUAGCCCAUGUCUCAGAACAGAGAAUAUCAGAUCAACGUAGGGUUAUUUUUAAUAAUAAAAUGGUAAACGGUACAAGAAUUCAACAAAUCCGCAAAGAAGUAGCCCAACAGUUAAAUAGACAAUGUAAUGAUCCACGUAUAAUUAAUAAUAACAUACGAGAAACACCCCCUAACAUACCACAGGAUACUAGUCUUAAUUUAAGUUCACCUGAUUCUUCAAAUAAUCAGCAAACCAUUGAACACCCUUACCAAUCUUCACCAACUAAUAUAGAUCAUACUAUACAAAACGAAUUAGAUGAAAGUACAUUUGUACAAUUAAAUGAAAUCGAAAGCUAUUUUGUGUCCGUUUUGGAGAAGUUUCAAGAUAUCGAUCCCGUUAUGAAACCCACUAUUCCCAAACAAAAACCUUCCAAAAAAUUUACACGCAUUGUUAACUUGAUAAACUCAUUUAUCCUACCAAAGUAUUUAAAUCAUGAUAACGACUUUUACGCCCUACAUAACAUAAUAUACUGUGCUGCUUACACAGCCUCCAUUUAUAAUGGAUCUAAAAUAUAUGACUCAUCCCCUACCCAUCUUCAUAAUAAACGCGAACCCAUGUGGCAAAAGCGGUUACAAUCAAAGAUAGAAGACCUUCGAGUUAAAAUAGCACUACUUACGGAAUACAAAAAUGGUAAUAGAAGCCAAACAAUACAAAAACAGGUAGAUUCCAUUAAAAAUUGCUACAAAACACAUAGUAGACAUGAACAAGACAAUACUGAUAUCACACAUUUUCUUGACACAUUAAAACAAAAGCUCAAUGCUCUUGCCAGUAGAUUACGUCGAUAUAAAUUAACUACUCUUAGAAAAUCACAAAACAAGCAAUUCAAUUCAAAUGAAAAAUCAUUCUAUCGUUUACUCAAUAGUAGCAAUAGCUCUGGAAUGAACACGCACACUUCGUCAACUAAUAGUUCCGACAACGAAAUGAUACCAAACGCUACAGAACUCCAAGAGUUUUGGUCUAGUAUUUGGUCAAAACCAGUUGACCACAAAGAAGGUCCUUGGAUUGAAGAAGACAAGAAAAGAUUUACACAUAUUGAAGAAAUGAGCUUUGAAAUGAUAAAUUUAGAACUUUUACAAUCAGUUAUCUCAAAGACACACAAUUGGAAAGCUCCGGGUUCUGAUAAAAUUCAUAAUUAUUGGUUUAAGAGGUUUCAUAGUACACAUUCAUUUUUGCUUGAACACAUUAAUAAAUUUAUACAGUCACCACACACAAUGCCUAGUUUUGUAACAAUAGGUACUACUUACAUGCUGCCUAAAAAUCUGAAUGAUACACGUAACCCAGCCAAUUACAGACCAAUAACAUGUCUUCAAAAUAUUUAUAAAAUUAUAACAUCUUGCAUAUCAAACCUCAUUUACAAUCACACAGCGACUAAUAGCAUCUUAGCAGAGCAACAAAAAGGAUGUAGAAAAUUCAGUCAAGGCUGCAAGGAACAGCUUACUAUAGAUGCAAUAGUAUCCAAACAAGCUAUCCGAAAGAAGAGUAAUAUUUACACCAUGUAUAUCGACUACAAAAAAGCUUUUGAUUCUGUUCCGCAUUCUUGGCUCUUAUAUAUCCUUCAACACUACAAAAUCAAUUCAACUCUCGUACAAUUUUUAAGACAUACUAUGCAAAACUGGUCCACAAAAUUAAUACUACAUCAAAUUGAAACAGAUCACAUACAAAUUCGUAGAGGCAUAUUCCAAGGGGAUUCGUUAAGCCCACUUUGGUUCUGCUUAGCUUUAAACCCACUGUCAUAUUUACUUAAUAAUAGCAAUAGUGGUUAUAAAAUCCCACAUAACAAUUCAUACUUUAGACUAACACAUUUGCUUUACAUGGAUGACAUCAAACUGUACGCUAGUAAUUUAAAUGAAAUUAAUAAAUUAGCUAAUAUAACGGAAGAAUUUUCCAACGAUAUAAAAAUGACAUUUGGCAUAGAUAAAUGCGGAAUUCAAUCAAUACAAAAGGGAAAAGUUGUCAAUAACUCUUAUCAACUAGCUACCGGAGAAAAUAUAGAACCAAUAGAUGAUACAAUAGGAUACAAAAAGCUGCAAUCCUUAAUACCUGCAGAAUAG